AACAUUUCACAAAGCAGUACAACUGCUUACGAAGUUCCGAUUGGUUUAAUGACAAUAAAUUAACGCCACAUAGCUUUCAGCAGGAAAGGCAAAUGUCGAGUGUUUAUUCAGUAUGUGAAGCCAAUCAUUGGUGAAUUGCGUGGUUGACAUUAGACGCCAUCUUGAAAGUAAAUACAGACGUUUCAGGUACGCCCAGGUACGCCCAAGAAAUAACGAAAAGUGCAGUGACUGUCUCAUGUUGUCACGUUUGUUACAAUAAUUAAGGCGCAACGACUGUUUUCAACAAUUCCUUGAAACAUGGGCUUUUGCGAUUUAUUUACAUCCUGCUGUCAGAAAUCAACUUCGUACGAGGACCUUACACCAGAUGCUGAAAUCCGAAGACGGCAGCAAAUGGAAGCAGCAGAAAAACGACGUCAAGAACAAGAACGUCGAGGGAUAGGGAAUAUUGAUGCCGUUAGAUCUCAACAACGACGAGCAGAAGCAGCUGCAAAGCGUCAAGAAUUGGCAGGCAGCAAUCCCGAGACAGGCUUAAAGUGGCAAGUGAACUGAACUCACCUAUUUAAAUCAGCUGUCACAUCCAUGAAUAAUUUAAAAUGCACUUAACAUAAUUAGUUUUUUUAUGUAUAGUAUAUUCAACUUAAUUGUGAUAUUUUUAACUUUCAAUUUCAUAUAAAAAGCAGAAAAUACUUUGUAAACAUCUACAUAUACCUAUAAAUGUAUAGUAUUUAUUAUGUUUGGUGAAACAAUAGUCAUUGUACAUAUGGUGGGUUAGUCAUACUAAAGUUGAGAUAUGUCUCAAAUGUUGUAUGUAAUUUUUUGAUGUAAACAUAUAUAUAUAUAAAUACAUUUAUUUCACGUUAAUUCGCACGUUUUUAAUAUGUGAAUGAAAAUACUGGUGAAGGAAUCAUGAAGGUUCGAUAUGUUUUCAUAACUUUAUUUGAAAAAAUCGGAUUCCAUUAAGUGUCCGAGAUAUGGUAAGAUUUUAUAAAUAAUUUCCACAGACAAUAUAUGUAAAGAUAUAUGUACUCGAAUUAAAGCUUUCAUUUAUAUGGUGCAUCUUAUGCCGCAGAAGAUAAAACUGGUACUCUGUUUUAAAAAAUGUACAAUAUAGCUUUUCUUUGUAAUUA